AUGAACGUUGUUCAUCGAGAUAAGCACAGUAAUAAAAUAAAACAAAGAUUUAAAAAUGAACUUGUUAGAAAAGAUGCAUCUAUAGGCAUUCGAGGUGAUAUAAGAAUUUUACCACCUAAUAUAGUACCACGGUAUCAGUUUAAUACUGAAGAACGAACUCAAAUUUCAAAGCGAAAUCAAAUGGGACCGCCGGAAGGUGUUCCGCGAGGUUUGAGACGAAAGUUAAUAUAUAAUUCAAGUUCUGCGAGACCAGAUUCUUCGUCAAGCGGUCAAGCGCUGCCCAGGGUACUAGCGAGCGAUUCCGGAGCUGCGGAUACCUCCUUAGAUUUUGUAACACCGAAGGGCAGACCCGCGGCUAUUAGAUACAUAAGCAGUAGUAGUAAAGGUGGUUACAGCGGCAAUAAGUCUGCACGCUCAACAUCCGCCUCUGUGGUAGAGGCCGCCGUUAUUUUAGCAAUAUCCGAAGGUAGAGGUAUGGCUCGAGGGGAAAUAGGCAUGGCGGCGGUAGAUCUCAAGCACCCUCACCUUGUACUCUGCCAGUUCAGUGAUACACUGCUGUAUACACACACUAUGACUAAGAUCAAUUACUUCAAUCCUGUUGAGAUUAUAGUCCCGCAUACGUUCUGUGAAGGUACACAACCAAAUCAGCUGUACAUACUAAUUAAGGAUCAUUAUCCGUUAGUCAACUUGACCACAGUCCAAAGAAGGCACUUCAAUGACGCGGCCGGUCGCCAACAGAUACAAACCCUUUGCGCCCCACAGUAUAGUGCGGUCUGCUUGCAAGUGGUCCAGAAGUUCUAUGCUUUAACAUCAGCUGCAGCGGUAUUGAAGUACGUCGAAUAUAUCCAAUGUAUUGUGUUCGCUAGAGAAUCUUUAAAGAUCGAAUACCACUCUUCAGAGGAUACCAUGAUCAUCGAUGUAGGCACAGCUACUCAAUUAGAACUAGUUCAACCACUAGUACCGUCAGCCGGGCCGUCGUGUUGCUUGCUUGGUGUACUGGGCCCAACUUAUACCGUCGGAGGUAUACGGGCACUGAGAGCCAAUAUAUUACAACCUUCUUGCGAUAAAGAGUUCAUUGAAGCAAGAUUAGAUGCUGUACAGGAAUUGAUUGAGAACGACGCAGGUUUGAUGGUUGAUUUGCAGGACAUAAUAAAAAAGCUAUCCGAAAUUGAUAAAAUAUUGUUUCUCUGUAUGGAGCCACCGAACUUUAACAUAGAGAAAUUUGGUGAGGCGCAAUUAAACCAAACACUGCUUUUAAAAACGACAAUGGAGAUGGUGCCAAAGUUGGUAGAUGCUCUAAGAUCCGCGGAAAGUGGCAGGUUGAGAAAAAUAAAAAUGGAUUUCGAAAAUUCUCAUUACACCGAAAUUUACGAACGAAUUCGUAAAAUUAUACAUGACGAUGCCCAUCUUGAAAAAGGUGCCAUGGGCAGCUUGCAGAGGUGCUUCGCUGUUAGACCCGAAAUUAACGGUCUUCUAGAUGUUGCUAGAAGAACGUAUUCUGAAUUAAUAGAAGACAUACAGAAGGUUGUAGAACAACUUAGCGAAUCUCACGAUUUACCUAUCAGACUAAAUCAAAACGUUAUGAAAGGAUUUCAUAUAGUUUUACCAGUUGCUCCCAAGAACAGAAGAGACUUUAACAUUGAAGAUUUACCAGACAUAUUUAUUCAGGUUCACUUCAACGGGACAAGUGUUACGAUGACUACAGAAGAACUUGUAGUCCUGGAUCAGCAAGCCAAGGAAUCGCUCAAUGAAAUACAGAAAAUGAGUAACAUAGUAAUUUCGGAAUUGCUUAAAGAAUUACGUCCUUUUAUGUCAAGUCUUUACAAACUCUGUGAGAACGUUGCCGAGCUGGAUAUCUUAAUAGCUUUAGCUCAAACCAGUUCAAUAGGUUCUUAUAUAAGACCUGAGUUUAAUUCUUACUUGGAAGUAAGGAACUCCGUACACCCGCUCCUAGACUAUAACAGUCAAACGAUGCCUGUACCGAAUGACAUAUUUGCCAGUCCUGAAUACAACUUUACUAUAAUAACAGGUCCUAAUAUGGGCGGCAAAAGUAUUUAUAUAAAACAAAUUGCUAUUAUACAGAUUAUGGCGCAGUUGGGAAGCUUCGUACCUGCCACUAACGCUGUGUUAAGACUUUGCGAUCGUAUCUUCUCUAGGAUAGGGUUCAACGAUAGUGUUGAAUUCAAUGCCUCUACAUACGUUAUUGAGAUGAAGGAAACCCAACACAUCCUUGCUGGACUGACACCUACUAGUCUUGUUAUUAUAGAUGAAUUGUGUCGGGGAACGUGCUCCGACGAAGGAACUAGCUUAGCUUGGGCUGUUUGUGAAGAACUAAUAAAGAGCCAGGCGUUUACUUUUUUUGUUACCCACUUUUUGUAUUUGACGAGACUGCAAGACUUAUAUUACAACGUAGUCAACCGAUAUACUGUGGUAACAGAAGAGGCUAUAAAUUCUGAGAGCACUGAACGCCGACUGAUCUAUCAACAUAAAAUUGAACCCGGCGUUACAACAAUUGAACAUUACGGCCUAGCAUUAGCUGCUAAAACCAAUUUGCCUGAAGAAACCGUAAAUUUUGCACGGGAACUGGCAGAAUUGAUUACAAGGAACCAAACGCCAAAGUGUUCUUUAGUUAAAGAAAAAAAUGACGAUGAAAUCCUCUACAAACUGCAAGCAGAUAUAAGUCAACAAAGAAGAAAAGAUCCUAAUAACAUAAAUAAAGUACAAGAAAUUGUUUCUACAUUCAAAACAAAUAAUCCAGAAUUGGGCAUGAACGAUGAUUUUAAUGAGUCAGUUGUUGGUAAUACGAAUAUAAAUUCUAAAAACUCAAGUUACGCAGAUUAUAAUGCUGGAGAAGAAAUGGAAAUUUGUGAUGAAAGAAUUUUAAAUGAUAAAUCAAAUGAGAGUACUGCUACAGCAAAUGAUACCGUUGAGGCAGAUGCUCUUACACAAAUAAUUGGUGCGUAUGCUGGUUCUUCUAGCUCAAGUGAAAAUUUUGAUGCUACUUCUACUGAUGAAGAACUGAUGCAAGAAACUAUUAAAGAAAUAAAUUUAAACGGAAAUGAAAAUUUGGAAACAAUAAUACUAACUCCCCCUGCCGGCUUUCGAGAUGGAGAUUGUUGA